AUGGCGUCAGAUAAACAACAGAAGGCAGAGAGAGCUGAGGUUGCGGCGAGGCUCGCAGCUGAGGACUUGCACGACAUCAACAAAGCCCGUGAUGGUGACGUCACGAUGUAUAAGGUGACGGAGAGAACAAUUGAGCAUCCGCCAGAACAGGAGAGGCCCGGAGUGAUAGGAUCGGUGUUCAGGGCUGUGCAAGGAACCUACGAGCAUGCAAGAGAUGCUGUAGUCGGAAAAAGCCACGAUGCGGCAGAGUCUACGAAAGAAGGAGCUCAGAUAGCCUCAGAGAAAGUGGCUGGAGCAAAAGACGCAACCGUAGAGAAGGCGAAAGAAACUUCAGAUUAUACGGCUGAGAAGGCAAGAGAAGCUAAAGAUGCGACCGCGGAGAAGAUAGGAGAGUAUAAAGACUAUACGGUGGAUAAGGCAGUGGAAGCAAAAGAUAAGACAGCAGAGAAAGCCAAGGAGACCGCAAACUAUACUGCGGAUAAGGCCAAAGAAGCUAAGGAUAAGACUGCUGACAAAGUGGGCGAGUAUAUGGAGUACACUGUGGACAAAGCCGUAGAAGCUAAGGAUUACACGGCGGAGAAGGCUGUUGAAGCGAAGGAUAAGACAGCGGAGAAGACCGGGGAGUAUAAGGACUAUACGGUGGAGAAGGCGGCUGAAGGGAAAGAUAGUGCGGUGAGUAAGCUUGGAGAGUUGAAGGAUAGUGCGGUGGAGACGGCGAAGAGAGCUAUGGGUUUCUUGUCGGGCAAGACAGAGGAAACCAAACAAAAAGCUGUGGAGACUAAAGACAGUGCUAAGGAAAAAAUGGAGGAGGCCGGAGAAGAAACGAGAAGAAAGAUGGAGGAGAUGAGACUGGAAGGCAAAGAACUCAAAGAUGAAGCUAGAGAAAGAGCCCGUGAGGCAUCUCAAAAGACUAGAGAGAGCACGGAUUCGGCAGCUGAAAAAGCCUACGAGACCAAAGAUUCUGCUGCGGUUAGGGGGAAUGAAGCCAAGGGGACAAUAUUUGGUGCAUUAGGGAAUGUAACGGAAGCCAUAAAGAGCAAACUGACGAUGCCAUCAGACAUUGUGGAGGAGACACGUGCGGCACGUGAGCAUGGAGGCACGGGGAGGACGGUGGUUGAAGUCAACGUCGAGGAUACAAGGCCGGGUAAGGUGGCGACGUCUCUGAAGGCGUCGGAUCAGGUGACCGGUCAAACAUUCAACGAUGUUGGACGGAUGGAUGAUGAAUCUCGGAAAGAGAAAGGAAAGCUCUGA